AUGGAUAGCAAAGAGUAUCUUAUAUCGUAUGGUUGGAAAGAAGGAGAAGCGUUUAAAGAAGGCGGUUUAAAGAGACCAAUACUGGUCAAACAUAAAAGAGAUAAGAAGGGAUUGGGUAACGCACCCGGUGGGAACGAUGGUGAAGCAUGGUGGGAAAGACUGUUUGACGGGCAUUUGAAGAAUUUAGACGUCAGCACCGACUCAAGUAAUGGUGGUAUCACAUUUACUCAAAAUGAAGUAGUUGCAUCUGCCGUAUCGAAAAGCAGCUCACCUCUAUACAGAUGGUUCGUCAAAGGGGAAGGUUUGAAAGGGACCAUUGGAAACCGUAAUGUAAAGAAAAAAGCCAGUAUUGUGAUAUCGGAUGCAAGUACAAGUAAAUCGAAGAAGAAGAGAAGCAGAGGCGAUGAUGAUGACUGCAAGGCAAAAAAAAAGAAGUUAAAGAAGGACAAAAAGAGUAAAGACGAUAUGAAGUGUGAAAAGGAGAGGAAAACCAAAAAGGAUAGUAAAAAAGCUAAAAAAAGCAAGCAAAGUAGUAAUGAAGAUAAGAAAUCUAAGCAUAAAAAGGAUAGAAAGAUUAAAAAACACAAAAAGGAACAAAAGUCAGUUGGAAAACAUAAAAAGGAGCAUAUAUCAUAA